UCGCAAAAAUAAGAAAGCCAAAAUAAACCCAUCCGAUGAGAAAGCUGCAGUUAGUCAAGCAAUGCAAGUAGAAAAGAAGCUCAAACUUCCAACCAAGACAACAGUAAAACAAAAAAUAAGAACAAAAAUCCGAUUCUACCGUCCAAAGACCCAAAAGUCUCUGCCGAACCCGAAAUACGCCUCCCGAAUCAUCCCCCGGAAGAACCAACUAGUCCAAUCGGGGAUAAUAAAGUACCCCCUCAGCACAGAGACGGCCAUGAAGAAGAUCGAGAACGAGAACACCCUCGUGUUUAUUGUGGACAUCCACGCGAAUAAACCUCAAAUCAGACGGGCUGUCAACUCUGAGUACAAUGUCAAGACUGCCAGAGUUAAUACUCUCAUCCGCCCUGAUGGUAAAAAGAAGGCCUAUGUCCGCCUUACUUCUGACUAUGAUGCCCUCGAUGUCGCCAAUAAGCUAAUUAGACUUGCAUUCCUGAAAAUCACCCAAAGAGUAUUUUGGCAUGUUUUAAUUAAAUAUUGGGUACAUGUAGAAUAUCUUGAGAAAAGUUAUUUUACAAGUUAA